CAGAGAGAGCGCUGUAAAAACAGUAGCCCAGGGACCACCUCCGCCCAACCCAGUUUGCCGUGUGUCGUGCACGGUCUCGGCUGACCGCGUUCGCACCGCCUCGGAGCCAGGGAGCCCAACGAGAGGCUGCCCAGACAAGUCCAUAGGAAUCUGCCCCAGCCCUGGGCAGGGAGCAAGGCCAGGGAGCAAGACCACGAACAAUGCCCAUGGUAGCCAAGCCCCUCUCUUUACAAGGAGUCAACAUCCCCGACCCGCGCAAGACCUACACGCUCGCGGAGGCCGUCGAGGCCGCCGUCGCGCGAGAAAAAGCGCUCAAGCAGCGGCGCGAAAUGACCAUCAGCGUCCCCACGGCGGUGACGACGACGGCGCCGCGCGUGCCCGGUCCCCGCCCGGAGCCCGUGCCGCGCAGCCGCGUGCCGCGGGAUUUGCAUUCCGCGCAGUCCCUGAAGCGGACCGAUGUCUUGGCGGGCACGGUGGACUGCCUACCUCUACGGCGCGCGGCGCGGGGCGACGCGUUCCGCCGGCCCGAGGGUCUGGGGGUGACCCAGCGCCAGCUGUCGACGACGCACGCGGACGCCCCGGGCGGGCUCCAGCGCUGUUCGGCCAUCUUGCGGCAGAUCGGGGGUCUCUCCGCGUCGCCCCCGAGACGGCGGAAAUCCACUUCUGAGAGAGACGGCCUCCGCCACACGUGGGCCCGCGACCCCCAAUCGAGGCGCCUCGAUCCGGGCCUCGUGCUUCUGCAGACCGCGCUCCGUAGAAAAGCGCCCCAGUCCAAAAACCUCGAGGAGCGGCUCCUCGCCGAGGGCCACCGGCGCCUGAACGCGGCGCCGUCGUGGACGCCCGCGCCGCCUCAAACAAUCCGGCCACCUCAACGCUGGCAGGGCGCCGCGCGGCCGCUCGGGAUCACGUUCGGCCAAUAAAUAGAUACUU